UGGAGAUGUACAACUGAAAGGCAAUUAAGGCCAUCUUUGUAGUGCUUUUGGUAUGAUUUGUAACUGCAGAAUAUAAUGAAGAGAGAGCUCAGGACUACAUGUAUGUAUCAGCUUUAGUAUACUGACCACCUGUCAACCUCACAGCAAAUCAGUGCGGAGCUGCAACGAUAUCUACAAAUAAGAGAGGUUUUGUAUACCUUUACUCAUACGACAAUCAGAAUUCUAAAAAUCCAAUCUAUAUGUCUAUUUUUGAGAGGAAUGAAGAAAAGGAAAUAGUUGUAGCAUUUUCUGGAACUAUCACAACAAAGCAGUUGAUCAAUGAAUUUGCUAACUCUUUACCUGUAGCAUAUGAUAUACAUAAUGUAACUGAUGCUCUCGUAUUUGAGUACUUUUAUAAACACUAUUCUGAAACUUUCAGACAAGGAAUGCUUGGAGAUCUCCAGACAAUACUGAAUAAGUUCCGAUAUCGUAACUACAAGAUUAUCUUCACAGGGCACUCUCUUGGAGGAGCUCUAGCAAUGCAUGCUAUUGCAGAUGCUAUUCAGGAAGGUUUGCUUGUUAAUAACAAGGCUGAACUUUGGACCUUUGGUCAACCAAGAGUUGGUAACCAAGAGUUUUUAGAUGCAUUCGUGUCAGAAAUUGAUCAAUAUUAUCGAGUUGUCAACAACAAAGAUAUAGUUGCUCAUGUUCCUCCUUGCAUUACAGAUCUCAAAGGAGGAUGACUGAAGAAGGGAUUGUUUCCUAUCUUCCCUUAUCAUGCUCCUACUGAGGUCUUUUAUACAAACAAUAUGACAGACCAUGUUGUCUGAAGCCAUGAAGAGGGAGAAGACCAGGAGUGAUCUCGUAAGCUAAACAACAUUAGCGUUGACGACCAUAAGUUUUAUUGGGGAGUUGAAAUCGGAAACUAUUUCACUUACGAAGAAGAGAUAGAAGUAAAUGAAAACAGAAAAGCUGGUGAUGUCAUAGAAUUUACCUCAGAGUAA